AUGACACAAGAAGCAGAGACUGUUGAAACAGAGGUAAAGGGACUGAAGUCACUAAGAGAUAUGUUAGGGCACAAUGAAGGAGAGCUAAGAUACUACAGCAGGCAAAAGAGCUAUGCAGAUCCUAGGCGAAAGGAUGUAGAGUUUGUAGUGGAUGAUUAUGUAUUCCUAAAGGUCUCCCCAAUGAAAGGAGUCAUGAGGUUUGGGAAGGAAGGCAAGCUGCCACCUAGACACAUAGGACCUCUUGAGGUCAUUGAUAGAGUUGGAAUAGUUACUGACCAGUUGGAGUUAUCACCAAGCCUUUCUCACGUCCACCCAGUGUUUCACAUUUUCAUGCUUAGGAAGUACAUAUCUGAUCCUUCCAAUGUGUUACAACCCGAUACAGUGGAGUUGAAGGAAAACUUAACCUUCGAGGAGCAGCCAAUAGCCAUAGUGGACUUUCAGAUGAGGCAGCUAUGGUCAAAAUAG